AUGGCUUCUUCUUUUGCUUCGUAUUUGCUUCUUUUAGUACUUUUCACAAACAUUUUCUACUUCCAAACCUCUUUGUGUGACAAAGGUGAGGACGAGGCAUUAAUAGCAGGUAUAUGUAGACAAGUACAAGAUUUCACAUUCUGCUUGAAUACUUUUAGACAAAAUUUACCUACACAUCCAUAUAUUCCUAAAGAAGUAACGCGAGUUGCUAUCAGCCAAUCACUAGGACAUGCUAUCAACGACCGCAUCUUCAUUGAGAAAUCAAAAGAAAAUUCAACACACAAAGAAAUCCAAAACUUGUACGCUAUUUGUGAUAGUGGUUAUGGUUUCUUGAUAAGCUUGCUUCAAGAUGCUACCCUUGCAUUAGCUAAAAAGAGUUAUAAAGACUUGGAAAAUUCACUUUCCAAGUGUCCCAGAUUUGUGAUCGACUGUCAUGAUGCAUUUGGUGAUAAGAUAACGCCUGAAUUGUUAGAUAGGAGUAGAAAACAACUUGAUCUUGUAUUAAUGGCAAAUAUCGCUGAAGGCCGUAUUCAGAAAUAA